CUUUACCUUUUUUUUUCUCGACUACAACAUAUAUUUAUUAUUGAAACAUACGGCAGUACUCUAUAAUAUUUACUACUAUUAAUUACGCAACCCUUUACUAUUACAAUCAAUUUAAUACAACAAUGACAGCCGCGGAUCAAUCAAAUACUAUUACGGCUACUGGUACGACUGCAAUACCUCCCCCUCUUAUUGCUGAGUCGUCUUCCUCCAUUUUUGAAAUCAGUACCACACAGCAGAAGCAGCAACAGCAACAGCAACAGCAACAGCAACAGCAACAGCAACAGCUUGUCAAUAUGAGUAAUAUGAUAAAGGUGGAACGGAGGCCAUCUAUUAUCGAUCCAGCCAGUAGAACGUUAUACCCCAUCUUAGCUGGUCGCCAUCCUACCAGUGUGCAUUCCAGCCCUUCAAACUCACGAAGAAGCUCUUUUACCGACCAGCAUCAACUCGCACAACAGCCCGCUUCUUUCUCUAACUCACUCUUAUACCCACCAAGCUCUUCUUCGUUUCGUCCUACCCUACUAUCCGGUGCAAGUUCGAUUAACUCACCUCCUACUUCACCGUCUUGCUCUUCUUCACGAAGAUCUUCCACUAUGUCGACUCAUCCUACAAGUAACAAUAACACAACUACGGCUACUCCACCUCAGUUACCAACUCCUCCUAAUAUAACCUCACCUUGGCGAAGAGAAUCCUUACCAUCUAUCUCCUAUAUCACUUCUUCGGCAUCCUCACCUUCCUGCUCUACUUCAUCAAGAACAGCCUAUAACUAUCCGCCAAGCGGUAUUCCCGAACAUGAAGAAGAAGCAGAAGAAGAAGAUACUGAUAUGUCAGACUUGCAGCAACCCUAUCAUCAUCAAUCACAAUAUCAACCUCAAUUUCAGUACCCGUACAUGCCAUCCUACUUUGAUCGCCGACACUCCCUUGCUACGGUCAUGAACAGUAGUAGUAAUAGUAGUCGUCAUAAUUCCAUUUCUUCUACCGCGACUAGCUCAGGAGUAGAAGAAGACAUUCCCAUAAAUAUCAAUAAUAGCAGUGGUAGCAGUACAGGAGGAACGGCGACAGGAGGAAAUAUCAAUAGUCGUAGCAGAAGAGGGAGUGAGCAAGGCUGUUCCUCUCUGGCCUACAAUGCAUUAGCAGCGACCACAACUGCAACACCUUACAGUAGAUCACCUGCAUUGCGUUUAAGUCAUAAAUUAGCAGAACGUAAAAGAAGAAAAGAAAUGAAGGAUUUGUUCGAUGAUUUAAGAGAGUUAUUACCGAUCGAUAAAAGUAUCAAGACCAGCAAAUGGGAGAUUUUGAGUAAAGCUCUGGAAUAUAUUCGAGCCUCGCAUCAGAGAGAGACCAUGAUGGAAAGAGAGAAAUCUGAUUUAUUAAACGAACUAAAUGUAUUGAAAAGGCAGUAGUAAUAAAAGAAGAGACUCAACCACUACUUUCCACCGGAAUAACUUACAAAAGACGAAAGGCAUAGAGAAACAACGAUAUUGAUUAUCAGUUCUUCAAGUUGCUGAAAUAUAAACGUCACCUUAAGAAACAUUAUGCAAUUUGUGUUCAAUAAAAUGUUAGUAAUGAAUGAUUAUAAUACACAUGGUAAUGAUUGGGCUAAUCGCAAUAAUACAUACGUGCCCUUUUCUUGUCUUUGUAAGUUUUCUUUAAACUGCUCAAUUCAAUCAUUAUCAACAGAGCAGACUUGAUGGCAUCUGGAGUGGCUAAAAUCAU